AUGGAUCACAAACACCCUUUUAGAGUCGAGGUCGAAGUCACAACUUUGGGUAGAAUAUAUUUGGCUGCUGGAAUUUUCAGCAGUUUGUGUCAUUGGUUUGCCGUCACGCAAGCCGCUCGCAAUGUUGACCUCAACAUGAUACUCAACUUCAGUCGGCCGCCUAUACUCGAUCAAUCACUCCAUAUAGCAGCAGCACAAUAUGUUGGAAUAUUUGUGUACUUCCUAGCAUCAUAUGUGUGGACCGUUCAAGCUGUCUGGGAUUUGAACAGAGUCGGCCGAGCCAACAUGAAUCUGUUCAAUGUGUCACUCUGUAUCUUGCUGGCGUUUGUGAGUCUUGGGCCCGGUGCUGGCGUUGCUGGUGUCUGGUACAUACAAGAGCAUGCAAUGUCAUGGACAAGCUUUCAGCGCAAACAAGGCGUCAAAAAUCCUCAGUCUCAUGAUGGCGGCGCAGUCAAGAGUGUGGCGUCUGCAACAACUACUGGUUGA